ACAAGUUAGUGAAGCCUCAGUCUGAACGCAUCCACCGGAGUCGGACCAACGCGAGAGAAACACGCCAAAGUCAACAAACUCGAUGUUAUGACCCAUAUGUAGGAACUUUUUACGGACUUUCUCCUGACCUACACCGAAUUUAGGACUUUUAAAAAGCAACGCAUUUUAUCUCCCUUUUCACGUAUCGGUGAUGCCCGCUGGUAUGUUCAGUAUCGACAGUAUCCUGGCCGGGAGACCCACUUGCAAGGACUCGGUGCUCCUCCAUCGGAAUCCCCCAGUGGUGUUCUCUAACCUCACGGAUUCCAUCUACACUGCUACCGAUUACAAUGGACUCUACUCGCACGCAACUGGACCUUCUCCCCCGGGGAUGCAGGCGGUGAACGGGACUAGAAUAGGAUAUAAUAACUAUUAUUACGGACAACUGCAUUUGCAGGGCCCCAAUGGCCCUGCGUGCUGCAGCGCUAUCCCAACCCUCGGCUCGCAACAGUGCCCAUGUAUUCCAACAGGUUAUGACAGCACGGGCUCCGUGCUCAUCUCUCCCGUCCCGCACCAGAUGAUGUCCUAUAUGAACGUGGGCACCUUGUCUCGGACCGAGCUCCAGCUCUUGAACCAGCUCCACUGCCGACGUAAGCGGAGACACCGAACCAUCUUCACGGACGAGCAGCUUGAGGCUCUGGAAAACCUUUUUCAGGAGACCAAGUACCCUGACGUCGGCACACGGGAACAGCUCGCGCGGAAAGUGCAUCUACGUGAGGAGAAGGUCGAGGGAGUUUCCUUCAUGGCAGGAAAUGCAAACUUUUUUCUAGUCUAUUCAAGGUUUAAUAAGCGUCCCACCAACUGCCAGCUCCACUAAAUGCCUGACAGUGGAAUGGUUGUUUUUCAUCUCACAACAUCUCCCCUACACACCCGUCCCCUCCUCCCACCUCCCUCUCCCGUCCCUCUCUCCUCACGGUCGCUGAGUGAGCUAGGAGUAAAUAAAACAAUGUGUGGAUUAAUGAUCAAGUGAUUUGAGGGUCUGUGUUUUGUUCUUUCAGGGCAAAUCACUCGCUAUUUACUCAGAUCAUGAAUCAAAAUGAUGCUCUGUAUCAACAACAGAACUAUGGUCCUGGGAAAUUAUGAAGGAUAAAUCACAAGUAAAACAGAAUGACCUCUCUUCUCUCCAUCCAACCACACAUACGCACGCACUCAUGCAUGCAAAUGCAGACACACACACACACACACACACACACACACACACACACACACACACACACACACACACACACACACACACACACACACACACACACACACACACACACACACACACACACACACGCUGUCUGCUAUCUGAUAAUAGCCGCUCCUGGACUAAAACACAGUAGAACAUAAUAAACAUGUCCACAUCUGAUUAAUCUGUGUUUUUCCUCUAAAUACUAUUAAGCCCAUUUAUAUACUUAAAAUUCAAACUAGCCUGUGGUUUGUAUCAAAUGCUGAGGGAACUGAAAACAAAUGAUUGCAUGAACAUUUUUUCUACCGGACAGAAAGUCAUGUAAAUGCUUUUUUUGGCUGGUAAGUUACAUGGUGCACACAGGUCAUGGUGCAUAUAAUAAAACAGAAUAGCAUGUACCCUUGUAUGUUAAAAGGCCAUGUACUGUCAUUUUCUAUGUUUGAUUUUCCAAGCCUCAAUCAUUUUGAGUGUGCAUGUCAAUUAUGUCUGUUCAUAUGGACAGGAGGAAAAACAGUGUAUCCUGCAAACAUUUCCAAAAUCCACAAACAUAACAUUUUUUAUCUGACUUGACUCCCCUUAAAAAAUAAUGAAUAUGAUCAAAAACAUUUACUGUAUAUGAUUAAUAGCUCAUCAUCACAUAAUGACAAACAUACAAGAUAUCCUAUUUUUGGAGCGAGGAGCAGCAUUUAACAUUGCUACAAUAUAUUUACAAAAGUAUGUGGACACCCCUUCAAAUGAGUGAAUGUGUCUAUUUCAGCCACACUCGUUACUGACAGCUGUAUACAAACUGAGCACACAGCCAUGCAAUCUCAAUAGACAAACAUUGACCCUACUGAAGAGCUCAGUGACUUUUGUGACGACCCUCCCACUCCACAACUUAAUUUGGAACUUAGAGGCUGGUAUUUUGUUCCGGGGUCCUUGUUGGUCCCCGGUUUUAUGGGGGGGGAUGUGACGACCCUCCCACUCUGUCUGCCGUAUUCUUUCUUUGUUGUUUCCUUAUUAGGAUGCUGGUGGGCGGAGUUGGGAGGGUCGUCAGCUACAUGGGAAACACCUGGGCCCGGUGUCUCCCAGGAUAAAUACACCACUUCCCCAUUCAUGGAGGAGACUCUCUCCAUGCAGACACCUUUAUAGAUUUGGUUGGUUGGUUUCUUGGUGAUUUUUUGGUUGUUUGCUUUAGCAUCUUUCAACACCCUGCAUUAUCACAUUCAUGCAUGCAAAACACUCACUUACACUACUGAUUACUGAUUACACACACCAUUGUAUAUUAUACUUAGUUACUUAUUUAAUAAAUAUAUAUUUUGUUACUCCUUA